AUGUCCCAAUUUUCAGGUUUCGGCGUGGAAGUCGAACUCAAAGAUGGGAAAGUCAUUACCGGAACCGUGGCUAAGGCCAACGGUAAAUCGCUAACCCUCUCAGAUGUCAUAUUCAGUGACGGAGGAACAUCCCAAGUGUUCAAAGUUAAAGGCACGCGCUUGAAGGACCUGAAAGUGGUAUCAACACCCAAACAGAGCCCCGCAGCGAAAUCUGUGAACAAACCUAGCCCCAAAGUAGAGGCUUCUACCACAAACGACUGGCAACACGACGAUGCCACGGUCAUAAAAAACCAAGAGGAUUUCGAUUUCCAAGAAAAUUUGCGCAUGUUCAACAAACAGGACGUUUUCGCCAAACUUAAAGAACAGGACCAAGUUGGGCAAAAUGCCCGUCUUGUAGCUCAUAACGUCCGGGACAGGAAAAUGGAAACGGACGAGCUUGUCAUCCCGGACGCUAAACAGGACAACUGGGAUAGCCUGGAGGAGGACUCGACGCAUACGGAAUACCUGCCCAUCACCAAAUCCAUCAAUAUCACCCAUCUACUGCAAACCGCUGGCGAUACGGAAACGAAAAAUGAUCCAAUGUUGACACAGUUACAGCGGGCACUCAAAUCCCCUCGAUCCUCCUCUGUGUCCAAGGGUGCGGGAUUCGUGGCGGCUUCCACAGGUGUAGCAGUACCCUGCGCAACGCCUGUACAACUCCUAGAGAUUGAACGUGUUUCAAGCGAAUCCUUUGGAUUUACAUCGAAGUUGGCGCUAGAGCACUGGGCAAUUCAUGCGUCGCAGUUCGUCAAGCAGAAGCUGGGAGGCAGGGUCAGAAUGCAUGCUCAAAACUCCAACCCACAGCCGCUGGUAGUCAUCCUUGCAGGCGACAACAGAUGUGGUGCGCGUGGUUUGGCUUUGGGUAGAGCCCUUUGCCAAUCAUCCCUGGUUCGUGUUGUUGUGCUUUUCACAAACACACCUGAAGAUCUUGAGGUCAACGAACAAUGGCAACUAUUCCAGAGAUGCGGCGGUAAGACUGUAGAGACUUUGCAGUCUCUAAAAUCAAGUUUAGAGAAACUCAACUCUCCCGUGGAAAUGGUAUUCGAUGCCAUGCAGGGCUUCGAUUCAAACCUCCAGGAUGUCUGUGCUGACGCUAGCGACGAAGGUCGUUUAGAGGACAUUAUAAACUGGUGCAAUUUACAAAAAUCAAUUUGGUCGUUGGAUAUCCCCAGUGGGCUCGAUGCAGCGAGUGCAAUGCCCAAUUUCUUGGGCGUGCAUGUCAACGCAACAACUGUGAUCUGUUUAUGCUGGCCAUUGACGGGAACAUACAAUUUAAAGACUCAACUUGCCGACAGAGGAGGACUUGAGAUUCAUUUGGUUGAUAUGGGGGUUCCUCAGGCUGUAUAUUCCAUGCGUACCUCACUGCGGAAAUUUCAGAUCGCUGAUCUGUUCGUUACCGAGGGUAUGGUACAGUUGCGUUAG